GAGAGAGAGGGGAGUUUCUUCAUCCUAAGAGCUGCAACAGCCCGGACAGUGUGGAUGAGAACUCCUUCCUUCUUGUGGGAAAGUAAACAACGGCGGAUAUUUUCAGCUCCCUCCACUGGCUGGAACUGGAGAGGGACUGGGAGGGGUGAGACUGGGGAGCUGGUGGUCUAAAGGUACUCUGCUGCAGAAGGAUGGCGAACGUGUGGAUCAUGUCAGCUUAACAACCGGGAGCGCUCAGGGGAUUCCUGAGAUCAAAGUCUAAGGUGGUGCUGCAAUCCUAUUGAGGAGUGGGGGUUAAAGGGACUGAUGUGACUUCAGACAGGACUGAUGGCAUCCCCAGACCCCAUCUCCCCCUCCAUCAAUGAUCCCAUGUCCAAGGACAAUAUUGAAGAGCUGAGGGAAGAGCAGGAGAAGGAGGAAGAAGACGAUGAAGAACAGGGGGGGGGAUUUGAGUUUGAGGAUAGCUUGGACGAGGAGGACACGCUGGAGGAUCCCCUGUUGAGGGAAGGCAGUGAAGAGCCUGGCCAGGGCAGUACCCCAACUCCAGAAGACAUAGCUGGGGAAGGAAACCCGACUGUUCCCUCCAUACCACCUCCUCAGAAAGACAAGGCCCCUGGAGAUACUCCUAGAGAGCAAGGACUGGAAAUCCCCUCAACAAUCUUGCACCAGGAAUCCAGAGGUGCUCCCCCUGCUGGACAGGAGGACCUAGGUGAACCUACAUUAUCUCUUCAGCCAGUCAAAUCAGGUUUGACUGGCAGUGAGGCACCACAAGGGGUAUCUGCUUCUGCUGAGCCGAGCACACCGGUGUACUCAGUGCUGUCUAGUGACAAUGUCGUACAGACAUCCUGGAAGAGGAACAGCAUUUACGAAGGUUUGCAGUCUCCGACCGAGUGUUACUACAGAUUCUUUCCCGUGGUAAAGGGGGCUGACUCCACACCGGGACGCGCAGCCCAGCCCGCUGCAGAACCGGACCGCGAGAGCCCCGAGGUGAUUUACGAUGACGUCCCCUGUGAAAAUCUUCCAGCUCCGACACAAGCAGAAGACCUGAUUUACGAGGAUGUGAACAGGGAGGAAGACCUGGCGGAUCACGAAGGGUGGAGCUCCAGUGAGUUCGAGAGCUACGACGAGCAGUCCGACAGCGAGAGCAAACUGCCCGCCCGCAGCAAGGUGCAGCAGUUCAUGAAAGCGGCCAAAAAUGGGACAAAAGAUGGACUGGAAAAGACCAAAAUAGCUGUCAUGCGCAAGGUGUCCUUUCUUCACAGGAAGGAUUGUCCAGAUGACUUGGAAGAUGAAGUGGGAUACCUUGAUGUCAUAUUCUCAGAGAGCAAACACCCUCCCCCCGAGCUGGCCCCCAUGCCAGAGGGCCUGAGUAACCAGCAGAUUGUUCGACGUCACAUCCUGGGAUCCAUUGUCCAGAGUGAAUGUAGCUACCUCGAGUCCCUGAAGAGAAUCCUCCAGGAGUACCAGAAACCCUUGCUGGAGGCUGAGCCACGCCUUCUGAGCCCCAGGAAGAUCCACCUCAUUUUCUACCGCCUGCGGGAGAUCCUGCAGUGCCACUCCAUGUUCCAGAUCGCGCUGGCUUCGCGGGUGGCCGAGUGGGACUCCUCGGAGAAGAUCGGGGAUCUCUUUGUGGCUUCGUUUUCCAAGUCAAUGGUGCUGGAUGUCUACAGCGAUUAUGUCAAUAACUUCACCAACGCUAUGGCUCUCAUUAAAAAGGCUUGCAUUUCCAAACCUGCAUUCCUGGAUUUUCUUAAGAAGAAGCAGGCCUCCAGUGCUGACCGGAUCACGCUGUAUGGCCUGAUGGUGAAGCCCAUCCAGAGAUUCCCCCAAUUCAUCCUUCUGCUGCAGGACAUGCUGAAGAACACGUCCAAGGGGCACCCAGACCGCUUACAUCUGCAGCUGGCCCUCACUGAACUGGAGACACUGGCGGAGAAGCUCAACGAGCAGAAACGCGUGGCAGACCAGAUCACCGAGAUCCAGCAGCUGGCCAAGAGUAUCAGUGACCGCACCCUCAACAAGCUGCUGAGCUCGGACCAGAGGCAGCUGAUCCUGUGCGAGACGCUGAUUGAGACGGUGUACGGAGACAAGGGGCAGGUCCUCAAGUCCAAGGAGCGCAAGGUCUUCCUCCUCAACGACACGCUCAUCUGCGCCAACAUCAAUGUCAAGGGGCAACCUGACCUCAGCAGCCUUGUUCCAGUUGGCCCAAAGUAUGCCAUGAAGUGGAGCGCCCCCCUGCUGCUGGUGCAGGUAGUGGAGGUUGGGCAAGAGGGCACUACCCAGAACAAAGAAACCCUCUUUCAACACAGUGGCUUCAAGAGACCAGGCAGUGCCAGUGUUCCAGGCAAAGUGUUCCUGGGUCCACCCAGGCUCUACCAGGAACUGCAGGAGCUGCAGCAUGACCUGGCUGUGGUGGAAGACGUCUCCCAGCUGAUUGGCACACUGCAGGGUUCUUACCAGAACCUGAACUCAACAGUGGCUCAGGACUGGUGUCUGGCCCUACAGAGGCUCAUCCGCAUCAAAGAGGAUGAGAUCCAGUGUGCUAACAAGUGCCGUCUGCGCUUGCUGGUUCCAGGCAAACCUGAUAAGUCGGGACGGCCCGUCAGCUUCAUGGUGGUGUUCAAUACCCCCAACCCCCUCAGCAAGAUCUCCUGGGUCAAUCGCCUGCACCUGGCCAAAAUUGCACAGAGGGAAGAAAACAUGCCAGGCUGGUUCUGUGCAGAGGAUGAUGGGAAGACCAAGGCCCGAUUUUGGUGUCCGCUGCUUGCCUGUCGUGUGCCGGUUUUCCCCUCGAAAGCUCAGGAAAUGAAGCUAGAAGCUGCUCUUCACAACCCAGUCCAGUGCGCUCUGCUGGGAUUCUCAGCGGCCAGCACCUCCCUGCCCCAAGGCUACCUCUGGGUGGCCAGUGGGAGCGACUCGAGUCAAGGCCAGGUGGACAUCUUCUCCCUGAACAGACCCACGCCGCGGGCGGUCAAGUCCUUCCAGGUGGGGGCGCCGGUCCUGUGCCUGGAGUACGUGACUGAGCCCAGCCCUCCGGAGGACGCUGAGCCCAGGGCAGGCGAGCGGAUGAGCGGGGUGGGAAACACCAUCUGCGCAGGGCUGAGGGAUGGCAGCAUCCUCAUUUAUGGCAGUGUGGACACAGCCGCCCAGUGCUUGCUGAUCUUCCAUAGCCCAGAGAGGUGUCCAGUUCUGUGCCUGAAACAUUCUGCCAACUUCCUGUUUGCUGGGCUGAUAGAUGGGACGGUAGCUGUUUAUAGCCGUAAGAACGGCGAGGAGCUGUGGGACCCAGGGUCCUGUCGACAGGUGAGCGUUGGUACGGAGCCCAUUCGCACCCUGCUGGCCUUGGAGGACUCAGUGUGGGCCAGCUGUGGCAACAGGGUCACUGUCAUCGAAGGCGCCAGCCUGAGCACGCAGAGCUUCGAAACCCACCACGACAAGACCGUGAGCGUCGCUCACAUGGCGCGGGCAGGUGGCGGCGUGUGGAUGGCGUUCUCCGAGGGCUCAUUCAUCCGUCUGUUUCACACUGAGACUCUGGAGCACCUCCAGGACAUCAACAUCUCAACCCGCUCCACUUUCCUCAGUCCAGGCCAGAAAAGUGUGCGUGUCACCAGCCUCCUGAUCUGCCAGGGUCUGCUGUGGGUGGGUACUACCCAGGGCAUCAUCAUCACGCUGCCUGUGCCCAAAUUGGAGGGUAUCCCCAAAAUAACAGGCAAAGGGAUGACCUCUCUGAAUGCACACUGUGGACCUGUGGACUUCCUGGUGGCCACUUCCAGCACGCUGUCGCCAGAGCUGCUCAAAAAGGACUCCAUGGAGGACGGCCAAGACGCGGCCAGCGGAGCAGAGGACAAGAGCGACUCCUCUUCCCAGGAGUCCCUGCACCAGGGCCACUCCUCCUCUUUCAGGGAGGCCAGGGGCAGGGGUCUCCUCUUGCGGUACCGCUUACGCUCCACCUCCCAGCUGCCCGGCAAGCCACUGACAGCCAAGGCCGAGGGGGCCUCCGACUCCUCGCUGGAGUCCCUGGAGCACAGCCUGGAAGACGGCUCCAUCUACGAGCUGACGGACGACCCCGAGGUGUGGGUGCGGGGACGGUCCGCGGCCCGGGAGGGCGGGAGGAAGGAGAAAGUCACCUCGGCCGCCGUCAUCUCCGGCGGGAGGGGGUUCCGCCGGCUGGGGGGCGUAGGGACAGCGGCCGCCAGCUCUGAGUCAUCUGAGAGCACGCUUAUGGUCUGGCAGCUCCCGCUCACUGUCUGAGUCGAGAAGGACAAGGUGGCAUCUGCGAGUCGCGGCUUGAGAGUGGCCAAAUCGUGCUGGGCCCUGAUUUCCAGCACUCCCUCCAUUAAACAAUCAGAGAGAGCAUUCUACAUUGGGUAUGAGUGGGUAGAGUUACAGGAUCUCUGCCGUUCCUGCGACUGCUUUCCAAUGCGCCAGUGCGGUCAUUAUCCAGUCAGGAGACUGUCAGCAAGGGAAAUGAUAUCUCACUGAGGGUCAUGCACAGGUUGUCCAGGAGCUUAACUGCUGUCAAAGCAUCAAUACGUUACACCCGGCUCCACUCCUGUGUGCGGUAAAAGAAAUGCUUCAUGUUGAAGAGAAGGCACACACCCUACCCUCUACCGGAAGAGUAAGAGAUAUUAUGCCUUUUAUAAUGAUGUCAUGGUGCAAGAGGUUAAAGAGCAAUGCGAAAGAAUGGCCAACGUUAUCAAUGUAUCUCAACUUUUAAACAGCGUCAUGAUAAAACAAGAAUUGCUCUGCUCAGAAACUAUUUAUGAGAAUUCCAUCCUGACCUCCAGUGGCAAUUCAGACUUUCUGAAUUCCGACAUUCUGAGCCUCCAACUUUUGGGAAUCUUCUCCAGGUAUCCUGUCCUUUUUCUCUUCUGAUUUAGUUGGAUCACGGACCUGUCAGUCUGUGAAAGCCAGCAGGAUGUUAUACUGUAGUUAAAUCCCUUUUUGUCAUUUGGUUUUUGCAAAGCCAACAUCUCUGGAAGAAAGCAAACACAAAGCAAAUCAGGUUUAAUGGUACUGUGUGUCUUACUAAUAAUCUAUUAUUUUUGCACUUUGGACUCAUUCCGCCAAGCUAAGAAUACAUAUCUCUUGGUUGCAAUGUGGUUUGAAUUCAGCCUUUUGACUGCAGUUGUUUUAGUUCCCUAAGAUAAGUUUGAACAACGUGUUGUAUACAAAACAAUAUCUGAAAAUGCCCUUAUAGAUAUGAACAAUGCUGGUCUAAAAGCAUUAACAAAACAAUGAUUGCUUUGGCUGUUCCAACAAAGUGUUCUCUGUAAAAUGUAUAAUUGAAACUUUAAACGUUUAUCUUUGGCAAAGCAAGUCAAUAUGAUUGUCUUUUCUAGAGAUCAGCUACUGACCUGCAAUCUCUUGCACUUUUUUUUAAAUUGGAAACCAGCAGAGAGAAAACAGGGCAAUAAUGGUCUUUUCCAGGAAGACGAGGCUAUUGCUGAGCUUUGUCUGGGCACUAAUCCAGCUUCACAUAAAAAAUCUUAAAUUCCCUUUGAACAUUUUGAAUAGAUGGUAUACUUUUCAUUUUUUUUUCACAAAACUCCUUUCUAUUAGUUCUUUAACAUUUCAGUUUGUAAAGUGAAAUUUCACAUAAAGCACUAUGGAUGUUUUUUUAAAACACUCCCCAAAGUUCCAGACCAAGUUGUGAAAUGCUCAAAUCACGUGUAUUUUUCUGCUAGUUAAUUCUGUGUCUCGAGUGAUAUUAUGUGUGUUCCACAGGAGUCUCUAUUCCUUUUAAAAAUACAUUGCUGCUCAGAGUUUAGCAAAACACCAUUUACUGAGCAACUGACGGAGAGAAGAGUAUUGUUCAUUUUUAUUUCACUCUAAUCCCACACACUUUGCAUCCCAGAACAGAACACUGUCACCUUCGACAGUAUGUAUCUACUUCUCUCUCUAUAUGUAUUACUUCACCAGGAAAGCUGUGCAGUAGGGAGGGUGUGUGUUUUGCCUGACCAACAAGGGAUACCUGUGCAAUAAAUAUAUUUUUUCUCUAAGAAAAGUUAUCUUAUUCUUCUAAUUAUUGUAAGGGGUUUGAAAAAGUCCUAUUACUUUUACACGCCUGUAUAGCUGAGUAUCUUGUCUUUAAUAAUUUGUUAUAAACAUUAAUUACUGUAGGAUGUUUCCCCCUUUGGUUUCAUGACAGACUCCAAAUUGCCCUCCUGGGAAAGUACGUGUAUUGAUAAAUUAGAAUAAGGUACAUAUUUUAACCACUGCAGACAUUCUGGGGAAAUAAUGUGGUUUGAACAUUUGCUGUAAUUAGAAGAAAGUAUCUUUGUGUACUAAAAAAUCAAGAUAUUUAAUAGAAUAAGUAUCCUAAGUAUUGAAGAAGGCUGGUUGUCUUAUACCAUAGCACCCUCCAUAGUUGUAUGGCUGUCCUAGUGAAUGUUGUGUGUUCCUAGAAGCAAAUAUUAAUAAAUUUAGGAAUCAGAGUAAAGAAAGAUUAAUAGUACUGUUCUCUCUCCUAUCUAAUAUCCAAGUACAUGUUUUUUUUCCUAAAUUCUGAAACUGCAAGAAUGAACAGAAAUAGUUUUGAUAGCAAUAGUUUUUGACACUUACUGAUGUAACAGGGUCCUCUUUAACCUCAGCACUUUGGUCUCUAUUUCUUUUCCCUGCAAGAAUCAUUGAGCAGGGUCUUCCAGAGAAAUUUGAAUGAUCAUACAAAUAUCUUUCAAAACAAGGAAUCUUAACCAAAUCAACAACAGAACCAAUAAACCAAACUACCUAUAAAUGUGUAAAUCCAAAUACAUGAGAUUUUCUAAAUCCAGUUAUCAAACAGUAAAUGUAUCUUGAUUUGAUUAAGAAUAAUAAAUACCAGUAAUGAUAUUUUGCAGAAUAACCUUUUGUGGAACAGCAAUGCUUAUUAAUGAUUAAACGAAUUAGAAGAUAAAUGGGCAGAGUUUUAGAAGAUGACAGGUCUGAAUGGCUUUCUGCUGUGACAACUUACAGUAUCACCCAAGUAACAUAACAACAUCAUAACAUAACAUAACAUAACAACAUCAUAACAUAACAUAACAUAACAUAACAUAACAUAACAUAACUCUCCUCUCCUUUAAUCUGUUGUUCAUAUUGCAGAGAACAUUUAGGAGAAAUUGACCAAAGAAAGUCAUGACUUUAACCAAAUAAUACAGACAGUACUGUACAGUAUGUGAGACCUACACGCAUGUCAAAGAAAACCGUCAACAUCUUAGCCUUCCAGUCCUGACUGGUAAAGUUCCAGACUGCGUUAGAAUGCAUGUGACUGCCUUUGUAAUUCUGAAAUCCGCUUCUCAAUUUACUAAGAUCACAGUGUUGUUCUUAUAAACCCCACAUACCAGAUUUUGCUAUUUCACUUUGCCUGUGAAAGAUUUUGCCAUUCAUACAUGCAUACUCCUUUUCUACAUUGUAAAGAGUUGCAGGCCUUACCCCUAUUAAUCAGGUUGUUCAUUAAAUUGUAGGACCUAGAGUGCAUGUCCCGUACUGGGAACACAGACUCCAGUAAACUAACCCUGCAGCGUCCUCACCUCUGCAGUUAAUACAUUCUCAAGGUACAGUAUUUUGAAGAUUAUUUUAAAUACAUGUGAAUUAAAAUUACAUUUUGUUUACUGAUCAUUCAUUGGUAAAACAUCGAUAGCAAUAAUUAGAUCAGAUACAUUUUGAUGCUAGAAGAGUGUAUUGUAAACAUUGGCUGUUGGUUGAAGCACUGGGGAAAGUUGGAUAAAGAGCAGUAAAGCAUGCAGAGGCAUGAAAACAAUGUGUGAUCCAAACAAUGGACAGCCAUAACAAAGCCAAAUAAAUACUGAAGAUGAGCUUCUUCAGACCAUGGGAAAGCUUCAUAAAUGCCAUUUAAAUUAUACUAUGCCCUAUAUACUGUACAUGUAACUAUGCCCUACAUAAAAGCUUAGAAGAUCCACUGUAAAGUAGAAAAUGUACAUACUUGUAGUACAGGGAAAUGUCCAGAGGUCUGUCCGAAGUCUAUCCAGAAACUAUCUUCCUGAAAUAAGCAAUGCCCUAGAAAAAAUUGAAAACAUGCACAAAAGCCUAAAAUUAUCUGGGGAUUGGGUGAUGCUGAAGUAUUGUUGAAUGAACAAAGUGGUUGUUUGUAACUGGUUUAAUAGUAAUAGGAAUUUAAAUUGCUGGCACUGUAUUACUUGACCUGCUUGGUCACAACAUUAAUAUCCGGGAUUAAAUUGUCAAGGGUGAAUUUGCAUUCUCUCAGUGAUCACUAGGAAUGUGAACACAUGGACCUAUAUCUGAAAUUUUGCUCACUUUGGUGGAAAAUGAUUUUAAAUCACUAAAAUCAAGCAAUCACAAAAAGCAAGACAAAAACUAGAACAGUAUAAACAGCAUAAAUGCAAUAUUAACAAAUUAGCAGGGCAUCUGAACCCAUUCUUGUAAUGUCAUGUAUUUUUGUUCAGAAAUUGUAUCAGUAAAUGGGUUUUAUGGACUUUUUGCACCAUAGGGAAACUAAGACUGCCUCUGUGAAUUCACUCACAGGUAGUCUACAGAAUUUUAAAAGCUCUUUAUUCAGCUGAAUUGACAGAACAAACAGCUCCAUUAACAGUCUAUUUAUUUAUUUUACAAUACGCAGAUUCGUUUUGAGAACAAUUCACAGCUCAGGUAAAGGACAAGCUAUGGAAGACAAGGCAAUGUUGCAAAACAUAUUAAGCUGGAGACUGUGGGCUAGAUUCACACUAGUCACCCACAUUGCUGAAGUGGCACCUUGGCUUCUUUCAAACAGCACCUGCAUAAGAUCCUUGUGUCAUGCGCUCAGUCACGGGCUAGAUGGGCUCAUGCUGUUUGUAACCUUUGAAGUUUUACUAAUUAAGUUUGCAACAAGCACAGCAUUUUGGUUGCAGUUGGGAUGAACUGUUUCAUGAGGGAAGGUGAUCAUGAUUAUAUUGGACCAGAGGCUGGCUGUACUGUAAUAACUUCUCUUGCUCCAUCUGAAAUACAGGAUCCUGUAGGUGUGUGAUCCAUUUUAUAGGAAAAUCCCAGCAGUCCUGCUAAUCCUCCAGGGACUGUGUGGUUUUAUAAGUUUGUGCUCUAUCAUACCUACAGUAUUCUUGUAAAGUUGGUCUAUUCAAAGAACUGUAGCUUGAAACCUACAUCAUGAAGCAAUGCAAUUUGGAAAGUGUUUAUAUAGAAGGGAGCUAAGGCGAAAUAUUGUAUAAAGGCUGCAGUUUCAACCCAAGCACUGAGACUGUAAUGUAUGGAGUGCCACAAUAUGGAUUAUUCUGUUCCCCCUGGACAAAGUGUAGAAUUUUGCUUUGUCUGGUAGAAUGUGACUUAAAAAAUGUUUUCUUUGAAAAAUAAGCCUUUGAUUUCAACUGUGGACUUGUAGACUUACACAGAUUCUUAAAUGAAUUUGUACUGUACAGAUAUGCUGUAUUGUGUUCUAUUGUACAUUCCAUAAAGCUUACUCUAACAGAA